AUGGGACACGGUUUGUCAAUUCAGUGCUGCCAGCAAGUGCAGUUGAAAAGGUGCGAUGGUGAAUUGCGCACAAGCUCUCCACACUUCCAAGUCUGCGAUGUGGACAAGGAAGAGUGCUUGCAAGAGCGGGUCUACGUGGCCAGCUGGACGGAGAGUUCGAGUCACUCGGCCCAGCUAGUGGUUGACGAGGGCCUGUGUGAGGUGGAGCCGCUGCACAUGCAGACGCUGAGCUAUUCUCCGGUCAAGUAUGAAGAGUGUGAUACAAUCGACACUGCACGUUCGCAAGACCGGUAUUCCAACGCAUUGGUCCACACUGCUAGAAUGAAUACCAGGCGACAGUUGCUUGACAGACAGGCUUGGUUGAGUUCUGCUGUUCAAGGCAGAUAUGCCAUGCUACUGCUGAGCUCUGAGGCGCAUGGCUCGCCACUAUGGCGUGUUCCAACAAAGUAUUAUUUGGAUCACAAUCACUCUUCCUUGUCGUUUUUUCCGGGCGGAGCAGAUGGAAGACAUCUUGACAUCAUGAUGGACGCCAUUCAGGGCAUCUGUUCGCUUACGGACAGCAUGAUGCUGAUUGCACAGUGGGAGUCGCUCUUGACCGACAUGGAGAAGAGCUGUGCGGUCCUACUCAAGUACCGCGUCGAUGACACGAAAGCUUUGAACUGCGAAGUUUGCUUUCUCGAGGAGUCAGAGGCCGCGAAGGACAUGUUCAUUCACACUCUGACCGUUCUAUGGCUGGAGAAGCCUCAACCGCACUCGGCCUGGUUCUGA